CACAAUCAUUCGUCUCUUUCUUCUACUCCUUUUCACAUGUCCAGAUAAAUCUUGUCCGGAUUCACGGAUUCACUGACUACUCAUCUCAAAGGAGGCAAUUUCUUUUGCAAUUUCUCAAUAUAUAGUAAAUUGAGCUGAUUUUUUUAGUUUUUGUUGCCACUGCGCUUUGAGAUUGGUGCGAAAAUUGGAGGCUUAAUUCAUUUGGGAAGAAAACAAGGAUUUGUUUGAGGAGGAAAUUGGGGAAUUUGAUGUAUGUUAAGGCUUUGAAGAUUGAUUAUGGUGCCUGAAAAUGGAGUGUUUUGCAGAAUGCAGCAUCUUCUAUAAAAAGAUUAUAUUAUAAAUGGGAUGAAGAAGAGAUGAUUAUCUACUUUGAUGUCAGACACUAGGAAAGUGCAUUUGUUGGUAUGAUAAGCAGGUAUUCUGUGGUUGGAGGGAUCUUUGUUAGGGCGAAAAUCGAUAGAAACAGUGUGUGUUUGGGGGAAUUGGAUCUUCCUAGUAGGGAUUUGUGAUGGCAUCAAUCAGAAGAACAUUGUCUCCCGUUCCUCGGCCGGGAGGUGUAGGCAAUGGGGAGGCGUGUCAAGUGGCGUCGCCAUUGUCUAAGUCGUCUACAAACGGUCAGAACUACCCUCCACAAGGGGGGCUGUUGUCUUCCUGGCUGGGCUCCUUGGACUAUGCGUUGUACAGAGUCCAGAGCUUCGUUCUUGGCCUUUUCUCACAACGAGCUUCUAGGGAUGUUGAUAGGUUGAGGAUGAAGGGGCAGAAUUGGCGGAGGGUUUACUUGCAUAUCUUGAUGUGCUUUGUUGUUGGUAUCUUUGUUGGGCUUACACCAUUUGUACCGUUGAGUAUGUCCUCGAGUUCCUUGCCUAAACAAGAAGCUUUUGAUUUCGAGUUGAUUGGGUUGAAAAAUGAGAUGCCUAAAGUAGGCAAAGUUUCUCUGCAAGAGAACUCUACGUGGGGGAGAGAGAAGAAGGUCAAUGUUGAAGUGAGCAAUCCUCGUUCUGACCUUACCCUUUUAAAUAACUCGAUGGAUCUGUCUCGUGAUGUGGUGUUUAAUAUUGAUAAGCUUCUGAUCGUCAUCACUCCAACACAUGCUAAGCCGCUUCAGGCCUACUUUCUCAAUCGCUUGGCACACACGUUGAGACUGAUCCGACACCCUCUUCUUUGGAUAGUCGUGGAGAUGAAUUAUCAGUCCAUGGAGACGGCUGAACUUUUGAGGAACUCUGGAGUCAUGUACAGACAUCUCAUAUGCCGUAUCAAGAAUGAAACUGGGAUAACAGAUAGAAGCGCACUCCUUAGGAAUGUGGCACUCUCGCACAUAGAGACACACCGUCUUGAUGGGAUUGCUUACUUUGCAGACGAUGAUAGGAUAUACUCGACUGCCCUCUUUGACCAGAUGAGAAACAUUAGUCGGAUAGGGACAUGGACAACGGCCAAGCUGGUUCAAAGCAGAGACGAAAUUCUCAUUGAGGGUCCGAUUUGUAACAGCUCUCGAGUGGUAGGGUGGCACGUUGAUGACAGGAAGAAACGAUCUCAGAGAUUCCAUGCUGAGAUGUCAGGUUUUGCUUUCAAUAGCACCGUGAUUUGGGAUCAGAAGAGAUGGCACUUGCCCACAAUCGAGCCAAUCAGGCAGAUCGAGACGGUGAAGCCAGACAUACAAGCAAGCACGUUUAUCGAGCAGCUCGUGGAGGAUGAGAGCCAAAUGGAGUGCUUCUCGAUGGCCUCUUCGGGAAUCAUGGUUUGGCAUCACACAACUGACACAUAUUCCUACCCUCAUAACUGGUUUACAAGUAUCUGGAGCACCAUCUCUCCACUUACCGAUGCUUUGCAACUUUGAUUCGUUCGCAUGUGUACGAACGAGCUUAUGCAGCGAUUUAUUGUCCCGGUCAUGGAGAUUGGAGACGAUCCAACAGAUUCGUUGAAGAAUUUUCCCAGAUUCCUGGUUCAAGGUUGGAUAUUAUUUCUGUACAGCUCUCUCUUGUCAUCUUGAUAAGAUUGGUCAUGGAUACUUACAACAUUAGGUUUGAAGAUCAAUUGUGGAAGAGAAAAUGGAAAUGCUAAGAAGAAAGUGAGGAUGAAAAAAGAAAUGUAGUUCUUGAUAAUUGUUUGAUAUGUAACUAUGAUUUAAUCUAUUUAAAUUUUGUGUUCAAUUUGUGAUUUGAA